AUGGCAGGUCGGCACGAUGGUGCAGACAAUGCAAGUCAGCCUGCCCUGCAGGUCAUUGUGCUGGGCUCGGGCGGUGGUCCGCAAGAGAACAAUGUUACCGCUUUUCUCGUGCGAUCGGUCCGGUCCGGGUGGGCUCGGGGCUCCGUAGUGGCCCUGGAUGCCGGCGUCCACCUCUCUGCCAUCACCCGCAUUCUCGAAGACACGCAGCCGCCCGGUCUGGGCUCGCGGACUAACCCCUUGCCGCAUAUCCUCGACUCCGGUCCCUUCGCUGGAAUGGAGAUUCGUUCGGCCUAUGCGUCGACGAACGCGGCCCACGUGACACGCCAUCUCAUCGACACCUAUCUCAUCACUCAUCCUCACCUCGACCACAUCAGCGGUUUCGUCAUCAACACCGCAGGGCUCCCGGGAACGAGACCGAAACGAAUCGCCGGGUUGCCCUCCACCAUCUCCGCGUUCAAGUCACACAUCUUCAAUAACGUAAUUUGGCCAAACUUAUCAGACGAGAACAACGGCGCCGGGCUCGUUACUUACACCCGCCUCGUCGAAGGGGGCAGCCCAGCCCUGGGCGAAGGAGACGGCAAGGGGUACCUAGAAAUUAGCGACGACCUCACGGUCAAGGUCCUCAGCGUCAGCCACGGGCACUGCAUGGAAAAGCACAUCCACCGAGGUUCUGCCUGCUCGUCGCGCUUCGGCAGCGUGGACGUCUCAUCCGUGGCGUCGCCACGAGUACCCCAAGUCGGCAACGCCGGCGCCGCCGCUAGCUCGGGCCCUUCGCCGUCGUCGCUCUUCCGGUCAACAGCGGGCAUUGGUAUCUCGUCGGCGCUGGGGCCGGAGCGGGAGUCGAUGUGCGUGUAUGACUCGAGCGCGUACUUUCUCCGUGACGCAGUGGGCGGGCGCGAGGUACUCAUGUUCGGCGACGUCGAGCCCGAUAGCUUGUCGCUGUCGCCGCGGAACCUGGGCGUGUGGCAGGAAGCGGCGCCGCGUGUCGCCGGCGGCAGCCUCACCGCCGUCUUCAUCGAGUGCUCCUACGACGACGGCCAGGCCGACGACCGCCUCUUCGGCCACCUCACCCCGCGCUACGUCGUCCAGGAGCUCCGGGUUCUGGCCGCGGAGGUCGUGGCCGCCCGCGCCCAGGCUCAGGCGCAAGACUCUGUCCCGGUCGGCAAGAGGAAAGCUUCCGUUGCCGAGCCGAAUAAGAAGCGCAAGAGAGGCCUAGAUGAGGAGGACGAAGGAGCAAGGUACGCGGGCAGAAGGGCGGAAUGGGGCUCCGCCAGACCCGUGAGGGUGGUGGUGACAGAGGCGACCGCUCUCGCCGACGAUGACGACAUGCCCGUGUCUCCGAAGUCGACGCAGCCCCAGCGGCGUAACUCCGGCGGCUCGGGCUCGGGCUCAGGCUCGGGUUCGUCGCCACUGCCGAGCGAGCACGAGGGCUGCUUCGACACGCACCACGCGGCGACGGCGGACCUGACGAUCCGGGGCUACGAGUCGAGCACGACGGCGUCACCCCCUCCGCUAGCUACCGCUCUCCCGACCAACGCGGCGGUGCCCGCGGCGAAAGCCACCGCGGCGGAGGCGAGUGCCUACCCGCUGCGGGGGCUGACGGUGGUGGUGAUCCACGUCAAGGACCGACUCGACGGCGACGACGGCGGCAGCGACGAGGACCCGGCGGCGGCGGGCGACGCGAUUUUGGCGCAGCUGCGGGGACACGAGCGCGAGGCCAGCCUCGGCUGCGAGUUCGUCGUGUCGCGGCCCGGGCAGAGCUUCUUCUUCUGA